AUGCAGAUCGCUCCUCGUUUCUUCGUCGGACUGCUUGCUGUUCUUCUCUCACGUCCUAAACUUACCAAUGCAGCUGUUCCUGGUCAGGUUGGAGAGGCUGUCGAAGGUAAAUAUCUAGCCGAAGAGAAGUUUCAACUGACGGCCUCGUCAGUCGGGGACCUCAAGGACCUGGAAUCCCAACACGCACCGCUUUUCUACCCUGAAAACGAAUCCGACAGACAGAUACUUGGUCUUCACGCACGGAAUAAAUGCAAAACCUUUCCCGGAGACUCUCUUUGGCCUAGUGAUUCAGUUUGGAAGUUGCUUGAUCGCAUUACUGGAGGUGCUCUGAUCAAGACUGUUCCCAUUGGGGCAACAUGCUACAACAGCUUUGGAGUUUAUAAUGAGGCUCGGUGCAAUCAUAUCAUUAAUCAAUGGAGCAACUCUUCGCUUCAUAUCGCUGAUCCGACUUCUGUCAUGUGGCCGAUGUAUCAAGGCCGAACAUGUAUGCCCAGCGAUAAACCCGAUGGGAAAUGUACCCUGGGUGGUUACCCUUCCUACGUUGUUGAUGCUCACAACGUCGCACACAUACAACUAGCUAUCAACCUAGCUCGGUCUCUCAACAUCAGACUCGUCAUCAAAAAUACUGGUCAUGACUUCAAUGGUCGUUCUGCUGGCGCGGGUGCUUUAUCUCUCUGGAUGCAUCGUUUCAAAAGCAUUCAGUACAUCAAAAACUACAAGACCACGUCUUACAGCGGACCAGCAAUGAAGGUUGCUGCCGGUGUCAUUAGUUCUGAGCUUUAUGAGGCAGCUGACAAGUAUGAUGUUACCGUCGUUGGAGGUGAAGGUAUGAGCGUGGGCUACGCUGGUGGAUAUUUGGCCGGUGGUGGUCAUUCACCUCUAUCGUCUAUCUACGGUCUAGGGGCGGAUCAGGUCAUGAGUAUUCAAGUCGUGACUGCCGAUGGUCGCUUCCUUACCGCUAAUGAGUUCCAGAAUACUGAUCUUUUCUGGGCCCUUCGAGGUGGCGGCGGAAGCACAUUCGGAGUUGUGACUUCAUACACAGUUAAAGUCUUUCCCAAGCUCAAAGCGUCCGUCAUGAGUUUUGCAUUCGGGACUAGCGCGACUGUCUCUCAAGAAACAUUUUGGAAAGCCAUUCGAGCAUUUUGGGAACGUUUUCCAACUUUCAACAAAGCUGGCAACUACGAAUACUGGGGCAUUAUGCAUGGUGAGGGUGAUACACUGAACUUUGCCAUGUUCCCUUGGUUUGCGCCAAACCAUACCCUUACUGAGUUAAAGGCUCUGGUAGCACCUCUCUUUCAAGUCUGGAAGGAUCUUGGUAUCGAACCUCAAGUCACGGAGUCAGAACAUGAUUCUUUCCUUGGUGCUUGGUCGGCUGGAUUCGCACGCGAAACUGUCGGAGGUGCUAGUGGCAAGACAGCGGGCCGCCUUUUCCCUAGUGAAAACUUCGAAGAUUCAAGCAAGUUCAACAAAACUUUUGCUGCGCUCAAAAGCCUGUCCGACAAAGGUGGAAACAUUAUCGGGUUUGGCAUCACUGGCGGUCCAGGUCCCCAUCCUGAUAACGCCAUAAACCCUGCUUGGCGAAACGCAGCCAUGUGGGCGAUCUCAGUCAUUGACUUCCCUGAAGGUAGUCCAUGGGAUGUUGUUUCUGAAAGGAGCAAAACUCUGACAAAUGACUGGAUGAAGCCCUGGAGGGAUGCCACUCCUGGUGGUGGUGCGUAUGCUUCUGAGGCCGAUGUCACGGAGCCUGGCUUUCAGCAGUCUUUCUAUGGCUCUGCGAAGUACCAGAGGCUUCUCCAUAUCAAGGACCAGGUUGAUUCCAAAGGGAUUUUCUAUGCUCUUCAGGGCGUGGGAAGUGAGAGAUGGUAUGUCACAGAUCAAGUCGAUGGAGUGCCUACUCAAAAUGGACGACUUUGCAAGGCGUAA